GCUCUCUCUCUCUCUCUCAACAAAAAUGGCGGAUUUCCCUCCAAACUUGGACGACGGAGAACUGUGGCUGCCCUCUGACAUCUUCCCGGAAGAAGCCGCCUUUCGACGCCGCCUGCAGCCGCCGCCGCCGCCUCCGCCGCCGCCGCCGCUUUCAAACCGGCCUCAACACUUUGCCGCCUUGUCUUUCCUCGACCCUAACCGCCCUGCCCCAACCCAAAACCUCGUUAAACAUUGUCCUCCCCCUCAGUGUUUCAGAUCGCCGGUUCGAUACGGCCCAGCGGCGGCCUCGCCGGCCGAGCAUUUUAGCCUGAACGGAACUGGCCUUCGUAGCCAUAGGGCGGAAGCGUUAUGGACCGGGUCUAGACCGGUUCAGCAGUACCAUUUUCUAAGCCCAGUCCGACCACAGGUUGAGAGCUUUGGGGAAACCGGGUUUGGUUUUUUGCAGAGACAGCAACAAAGCCGGGUUCUGCAAAACCGGGUGCUGCAAAGCAAGCUCUGUCCGUUCCAUGGAACUGGCGGUUUCGCGGUAGCCGCCGGCCGUGGCGGUUUUGCGAGAGAGUGCUCGGGCACCGGCGUGUUUCUGCCGCGCAUUGCCGCCGAGAAGCCUCCUGCCGCCGCCGCCUCUAGAAAGCGACAAAGCCUAUCUCACAAUGCUCUGAGGAAUCCUAUUAAGGUGGUCGGCGUGGUGAAGCAAGGAGAGGGGUGCCAGCGCCAGCUGCCUCCGGAUGUUGGGUUGCCUCAGGAUUGGACUUAUUGAGCUGCUGCUUCUUCUACUGCAUGGCACUGUAAAGGUUUUCUCUACUUGUGGCAUUGUCUUCAAAGAUACAUCUGAAUAAAAGCUCCAAGCUAAGUAGUUUGCUGUAAAUGGAAGAAAGAAGAUAAUAGAAUCCAGGCAGGGCAGCAUAUUUAGUUGUCUGUUUCCAACUUUUUUUUGUUUUUCUUUUUUUGGGUUUUGUGGGUAAUUUGUGGACUUGCUUGUAAUAUGAUGAACAGAAUAACCAAAUAUUUAGGGAGAGCCUCUUGUGUUUGACCUUUAUUUUAUCUGUUUGUUUGGAUGUUUGAUAUAUGGCAUUGAAUUGAAUUGAAAGCCCGGCUGGGCAUGUCUUGAUGUGCCACAAGAAUACCUUAAAAAGAAGACUAACUUGUGGCAUUUCCCCAAACGGGACAAAGCCCUUGAGG